CCGCCGCGGGCGCCGCGGGCUCGGGCCUCGGCCUCCGCGUCCCGGCCCGCACGCUCCCCGCUCUGCAAACCUGGAGCCCAGAUGCCAGAAAGACAUUGGAGACUGAAGGAGAGAAGCUUGUUUUAAAAUAUUCCGACUUACUUCAAAGAAUGAUGCCAGAAACUUAGAAAGGGGCUGCACUGAGAGGCAGGGGCCCUGGAUCCUGACUGUCCUCCACCAGGAAGACCCAUGCGGCCGAAGAUGAAUUUGGGAUAUGUAGCCACUUGCUACUUUAACGAUGGAGAAGCAGGGCCCCAGUGAGAUGGAAAUAAUCCCAUUGGAGUCUUUUCCCUCCCACAUUAAGUUGUUGAAAAGCUACCGUGAACUUCUGGUCACUCACAUCCACAACACUCAGUGUCUGCUGGACAACCUGCUGAAGAAUGACUACUUCUCGGACGAAGACGCAGAGAUCGUGGGCGUCUGCCCCACGCAGCCCGACAAGGUCCGCAAAAUCCUGGACCUGGUGCAGAGCAAGGGUGAGGAGGUGUGCGAGUUCUUCCUCUACGUGCUGCAGCAGCUUGCAGACGCCUACGUGGACCUCAGGCCUUGGCUGUCGGAGGUCGGCUUCUCCCCUUCCAGCCUCGUUCAGAGCAAAGCUGUCGUCAACACCGACCCAGUGAGCAUGUACACCCAGAAGCUGCGGCACCAACUGGGCCGCAACUCCAAGUUCAUCCUGUGCUACUCACAGAAGGAGGAGGUGCUGCUGGAGGAGACGUACACAGACACCAUCAUGGAGCUCGUCAGCUUCAGCAACGAGAGCCUGGGCAGCCUGGGCAGCCUGGCCUGCCUCCUGGACCACUCCACAGGCAUCCUCAACGAGGAGGGCGAGACCAUCUUUGUCUCCGGCGAUGCUGGCGUGGGCAAGUCCAUGCUGCUGCAGCGGCUGCAGAGCCUCUGGGCCGCCGGCCAGCUAGACGCAGGGCUCAAGUUCUACUUCCACUUCCGCUGCCGCAUGUUCAGCUGCUUCAAGGACAGCGACAUGCUGAGCCUGCAGGACCUGCUCUUCAAGCAUUACUGCUACCCAGAGCAGGACCCCGAGGAGGUGUUCACCUUCCUGCUGCGCUUCCCCCACACCGCCCUCUUCACCUUUGACGGCCUGGAUGAGCUCCACUCGGACUUCGACCUGAGCCACGUGCCCGACACCUCGUCGCCCUGGGAGCCUGCCCACCCCCUGGUCCUGCUGGCCAACCUGCUCAGCGGGGUGCUGCUCAAGGGGGCCGUCAAGCUGCUCACGGCCCGCACGGGCAUCGAGAUCCCACGGCAGCUCCUGCGGAAGAAGGUGCUUCUGCGGGGCUUCUCCCCCAGCCACCUGCGGGCCUACACCAGGAGGAUGUUCCCUGACCGGGCCAUCCAGGGCCGCCUGCUGGACCAGCUGGAGGCCAACCCCAAUCUCUGCAGCCUGUGCGCCGUGCCCCUCUUCUGCUGGAUCAUCUUCCGCUGCUUCCAGCAUUUCCACAGCGCCUACGACAGCUCCCUGCAGCUGCCCGACUGCACUGUGACCCUGACCGAUGUCUUCCUGCUGAUCACCGAAGUCCACCUCAACAGGAUGCAGCCCACUAGCCUGGUGCAGCGGAACACGCGGAGCCAGACAGAGACCUUCCGCACUGGCCUGGGCACCCUGCAGUCGCUGGGACGGGUGGCCCACUGGGGCAUGGAGAAGAACCUCUUCGUCUUCAGCCAGGAGGAGGUACAGGCCUCGGAGCUGCAGGAGGCCGACCUGCAGCUGGGCUUCCUGCGGGCUAUGCCAGAGGUGGACCUCAGAGGGGACCAGCAGUCCUAUGAGUUUUUCCACAUCACCCUCCAGGCCUUCCUUACCGCCUUCUUCCUCGUGGUGGACAAAAAGGUGGGCCCUCGGGAGCUGCUCAGGUUCUUCCAGGAGUGGGCGCCUCCUGGGGAGGUGACAGCUGUGUCCUGCUCUCCCCGCUUCUUCCCUUUCCAGUGCCUGGGGGACAGUGGCCCGGUGCGGGAAGACCCCUUCAAGAACAAGGACCACUUUCAGUUCACCAACCUCUUCCUGUGCGGGCUGCUGUCCAAAGCCAAAAAGAAACUCCUGUGCCACUUGGUGCCAGCCGCGGCCCUCAGGAGGAAGCGCAAGGCCCUGUGGGCGCACCUGUUUGUCAGCCUGCGGUCCCACCUCAAGAGCCUGCCCCGCAUUCAGUCUGGGGGCUUCAACCAGGUGCAGGCCAUGCCCACCUUCAUCUGGAUGCUGCGCUGUAUCUACGAGACACAGAGCGAGAAGGUGGGGCAGCUGGCGGCCCGGGGCAUCUGCGCCAACUACCUCAAGCUGACCUACUGCAACGCCUACUCGGCCGACUGCAGCGCCCUCUCCUUCGUCCUGCACCACUUCCGCAAGCAGCUCGCCCUCGACCUGGACAACAACAAUCUCAAUGACUACGGCGUGCGGGAACUGCAGCCCUGCUUCAGCUGCCUCACCGUCAUCAGACUCAGCGUAAACCAGAUCACUGACGAUGGGGUCAAGGUGCUGUAUGAAGAGCUGACCAAGUACAAAAUUCUGACAUUUUUAGGCUUAUACAACAACCAGAUCACGGAUGUUGGGGCCAGGUACAUCGCCAGAAUCCUGGAUGAGUGCAAGGGCCUCACACACCUGAAACUGGGAAAAAACAAAAUAACAAGCGAGGGAGGAAAGUGCCUUGCCUUGGCCGUGAAGAACAGCAGAUCCAUCUUUGAAGUUGGGAUGUGGGGCAACCAAAUCGGUGAUGAAGGAGCAAAGGCCUUCGCAGAGGCUCUGAGGAAUCACCCGAGCUUGACCAACCUGAGCCUGGCAUUCAACGGCAUUUCCACAGAAGGAGGAAAGAGCCUCGCGCAGGCCCUGCAGCGGAACGCGUCUCUGAGAAUAUUCUGGCUCACCAAAAACGAACUCAACGAUGAAGUGGCCAAGAGCCUGGCAGAGAUGCUCAAAGUCAACCAGACGCUGAAACAUUUAUGGCUUAUCCAGAACCAGAUCACAGCGCAGGGCCUCGCCCAGCUCGCAGAUGCAUUGCAGAAGAACACUGGCAUCGUGGAGAUUUGCCUGAAUGGAAACUUGAUCAAGCCCGAGGAGGCCAAAGGCUUUGAAGAUGAGAAACGGCUCAUCUGUUUCUGAGAGGCUGCUCUCCUGUUCGUGGGGCUUGGCCCCGGGAGGCGCUCGAGCAGUCAUUGCCACGCUGUGCAGUCACCUGGUCUUAGGGGUCUCGAAAGGGCUCUGCUGAGGUGGGACCGCCCGCCUGUGGGAGCCACUGCCGUCCGGCUGCAAAUCAACCUCCCCGCAGACACUGAGGGGGAGGCGCUGAGCUCCCAGAAUGGCUGUUACUAUUUUGCAGGGAAAGAGUGGGUUUGUGAGACAUUUUAGUUAAACGUGCCAUGAAAAGACGUGAAUGCAUAUCCACGACCACUUUAACCUGAAACUAGAGGAAUAGGACGUGGAGCUCAUCCAAACGCCUACCCUGACGACCGGGGGAGUGAGCGGGCCCCUGCUGUCGUCAUCGAACAGUCGAGGACAUGGUGCAAAAGUCGCUGCCCAGUUUCUUGGAGGAAAGGUGCUCAGCGAAUAAGUGUUCCUGCCUGAUGUAGUCUUGCUCAGCACCUCCCCUGCGUGUUGCUAUUAUUCCCACUUCACAGCUGUAGAUUCUGAGGAAUGUGCAGGAGGGGGAGGUAGUUGGUGUCCAGGAAAGGACUCGUCACAAGCUUGUUUGAGCCCUGGUGUCUCACCGCCAACAAAGGCCCCUGGCUGCCCUGUGAGCACGUCUAAGGGAGAGGAUGGUGCCUCCAUAAUGCCGCACGGCGAGGCCGACCUCCUCCGAAGGCUGGCACCGUGGGCAACGCUGCCAUGCCCAGGAAGCAGCACUGCCCGCCCUCCGAAAGCAAGGGGCCACGGCUUACCUUCGUGGUCCUGGCGCCCACACAGAAGCUGCUCGCUCUCUCGCCCUCCUGACGGAGUCUCCGCCUGCCCCUCUGAAGCUGUCAGGGUGACUGAGUCGGAGCCAAGACUCAGGGAGCGGCCGAGAACUCCGCUGGCAGAGCACGUUGGACCGACCGCCCUGGCGAGCACAUGGUGGAUGCUAAAUGGGGGCCGGGGUGGUGACAGGACCAGGGAGCGUGUUCUUUGACCAAUUCAUUUGUUAAUA